AUGAAGAUCACCCUCCUUGCCGUGGCUGCCAUGGCCGUCCUGAGCAGCGUGUCAGCGGCGACAUACAACGUCGGCGAGCCGGCCGGCGAGUGGGGCUUCGGCAUCAACUACGGCAGCUGGGCGUCCUCCAAGCAGUUCAUUCCUGGUGACAGUAUCGUCUUCAAGUACUCACUGCAGGCGCAUGACGUGCUUGAGGUCAGCAAGGCCGACUACGACUCCUGCAGCGCUGCAAGCCCCAUCACCACCCUCAAAACCGGCAACGACGUCGUCGCAUUCCCCGCUACCGGCACCCGCUACUUCGUCUGCGGUUUCGCUGGCCACUGCACCGCCGGCAUGAAGGUCGUCAUCGACGUCGUGUCAGCCUCCUCCCCGUCGACGCCGUCGUCGCCCGCACCAGCCAGCGGUCCCAGCGCCAGCAACUCUCCCCCGCCGCCGUCGCCCUCCGCCGCUACCUCGGUCAGGGUCAUAGCAGGCCUUGGCCUUGUUGUCCUGCUUGCCGGCCUAAUGGCUUGA